AUGAUGUGCGGAGAACGGAGGGUUAGCCCCUCACGUGCCUCUGGAAUGGUGCAGCCACCGCCAUCGGAACUCAUCAACCUUCAUAAGCUAUAUGCAAUGCCCCAGCAGAACACGUCUGAAUGGAAUUUGAUCAACACCUGUAUAUGGCCUGAAUGGAACUCCUUUCUAUCUGCCGAGCCCAUGGAUAAAAGCGACGAUCCGAAGAUAUUUAAGCUAAGAACCUGUCGCCGCUUCCUUGUAAAUAUCCAUGACAGGAAGAUACCCUCCAUUCAAAAGGUAGUCGUCUUUGAGAUCCCUGACGACACUACCGAUGGGCCUCGGGUUUACCGCACGGGUGAUGGACCCGAGUGUAUUUAUCGUACGGGAGAAGAGCAAGAUGGAGCUUUCCCCCACAUGAUAAAAAUGGCGUUUGGCAAACAUAUCGAGAAGGGCAUCAACAAUUGGGCGAACGAUCUAAAGAACAUCAUUAGAAUCUUGAAAACCUACGAAAAUCACCCUUUUCCGGCAUCGAAGUACGAAACCCGCGGAGGUUGCGUCGCACGCGACGGCGGCUUCAAUGAUGCUCCUGAUAUCUAA